AUGGCGAGUGCUCGCGAUUAUUUACCAACACGUGCUAGACUGAUUGAGAAGGGGGUCCAGAUUGGAGCCAAUUGUCUGUGGUGCAAUGAAGAGGCUGAGACCACGACCCAUGUAUUGUUACAAUGCAUAAAGAGUAGAGAAACGUGGAGGAAUUUGGGGAUGCAAUAUAAUAUCGAUCAGGUCCAGUUGCAAAAUGGAAAUAUUGAAGGUAUAAUUUUCUCCAUCUUGAGUAACUUGUCCAAUAAUGAGAAAUGUACUUUUGUCGUGAAUCUUUGGAGCCUUUGGAGGAGUAGAAAUGUUGCAGUUUGGGACAACCAACUUGAUAGAACAGUAGAUAUUAUUCAUAGAGGCAGUUGCUUGUUAACGGAAUGGCGGAUUGCGCGAAAUGUGGAGGAACAAGACCUGCUGUAUAAUCACCAUCGCCAAGGAAGCAAUAAAUGGCAGCGCCCCCCUCAUAAUUUUAUCAAGUGCAAUGUGGAUGCUUCGUUCUCUGAACACCACAAUAAAGUGGGAAUAGGAAUCUGCUUAAGAGAUGAAUUUGGCAUGUUUAUGGGAGCGAGAACACUCUGGUAUCAGCCAGUUACGACAGUUGCAAUUGGAGAGGUUUUACGACUGUUAGCAGCGAUUGAUUGGGUGAAAGAGUUGACAUUUGAAAAUGUGAUUUUCUGUGAAGAUUCUAAAGAAGUGGCAGACUCUUUGUAUUCAGAUGAGCGUGAUGCUACAGAGCUAGGCUCUAUCUUAACUAGAUGUAGAGAUGAUUUAUCCAAUUUUUGUAACAACUCUUAUGUCGAGUUCUCUAGGAGAGAGGCUAAUAUGGUUGCUCAUAAUUUAGCUAAGGCGGCCAUAUAUAACGCCGAUUCUCAUAUCUAUUUUGACAUACCAAUUGUAUUGAUCCUUUGA